ACCAAACUGGUUGUAGACUUUAAGACUUGCAGUAAGUUUGCAAAAAAGUUUGGUUGUCGUUUUGAGUACGAAAGGAUUCCAGUAAAUGGUGGGUGGGGGUGGCGAUGAUUCCUCGUUUUUUUACUUUUUGUAACAUAUAAUGGAAACUUGCUUUAGGAAAAAAUUAGGCAGCGGAGUUGGACAAAAGAAAUGGCAGCUCCAUGCUCCUACGCUCUUUCUAGGUGCUUCUUUACCUAGCUUUCGUGUUUGUGUGCACAAUCUGUUCAUAUUGUUGAUUGGUGCAAAUUAAUGUAUUUCCUAGCAGUGGUCUUACUAUUGAUAAUGGGACAUGUCCUUUAUUUUUUUUACAAAAGGGAUUACUUGCAUUGUAUUUUGAAAAAUCGAUUACAAGAGAACCAACAAAGCAAGUCAAAAUCAGAACAAAGGACAGAGAAACUCAAGCACAUGGAUCAUCAAUCUGUGCUUCAGAGAUACAACAAGAAGAGCACAAAACACAGAAAGAGUAUCCCAAAAAUGGAUCGGAAACACUUGAACCAAAAGCAGUAAACAUCGAAAGCUCUCUUGCAAUCAAUUCAAACAAAGUAGCACCAAGCGCAAUCAUCUCGUCUGAUUCGACCGAGUCCAUGACGAUUGAACACAAUGUCAUUUUCUGCCUCCUAGGAGUCGCUCAAAGACGCUCAACACAGUGAAUCUCGAGUGAGGGAUUACAUGGCGGUGAACAAGAUUGAGGAUCGAAAUGCUCUGAGCUGAAGAGGCAGGGGAAAAACGAGGCACCAAGACUUGGUCAAGGGAAGAAGAAGAACCCAAAUCCCCAUAUCAAAGAUCCGAAACCACGAGCAGCAGGGCUAGACACCGCAAUCCAUCCUCAAUAGCCCACCAAGAUGCAGAACAAACCACCUGGGAAGAAACGAAGGGGAAAACCAGUGAAUCGAUUCACCACGCAAGUUGAUAAAUCCACCAUCAAGAGGGAAGACCCAAGAUGCAUAACCCAGCCCCCCGAGGAGAGCAAAUCCCAGCAAAAAACCCAAGAACAGGGCAGCGAAAUCCCAAAAUGGCUAGAAAACCUAAAAGCUGGAAGCCUGGAACAAGAGAGUGAAAAACAUGAAAACAAAGACAAGGAAGCUGAAAAUGGAAGCAGGCAGAAGGGAAAGGAGUCGGGCCACCGCCGGUCACCAAGAGAUGCCGGCGGCAACCCUUGGAGAUUACACCGCCGAGGAAAAAGUUAGAGAGGGAUGAGAGGAAAAAUUGAAAUAAAAUAAGAGAGAGAGAGAGGGGUUUGCUAGUUUGCUUUUUUUUGGGGGGGGGGGGGGGGGGUUGGACACGUCCUUUCGAUGAUGAUUCGUAUGCACGCUUACAAACUCGUAUUGAGCACUAAAAACGAUAAUUAAUAAGAAAAACUUCUUAUGUCAUUCACUCAAACGUGAAUGACACUAGCAAUAUCAAAGCUAUGUGUCAUUUACGAUUUCAAUGUUCAAUCUAUAAUAUAUAUAUAUAUAUAUAUAUAUAUAUAUAUAUUUGUUGGACAAACAUUGAAGAGUGGCAGGAUACGAGCUAUUGCCUCCCUGUUUCUCUUCACCCUUCUUAAAAUCUAAAUUUCAAUAAAAAAAAUUAUACAAAUUUACAAUAUUUACUUCGAUUUUGCUCAAUCUAAUUCCUGAUUUAGACAUUGCACGUACGUUAAGCCAAAAUUGAAAAAAAUGCUUACCACUAAUUGUCGCUCCAGUUUUGCAUGUUGGUCAUUGAAAUGUCUAGAUCCAUUUUUUUUCAUAUGAAUCCCCAUCCUCAUCAACGUCGAGUAUGCUCAUAUAGGUACCCGAGAACAUCUCUCACCUAGGUUCUCAAUUAGCCUCCUUCCAAAAAUUAUUGAAGGACUCUGCGUCUAAACUACAAUUGGAUCCUGAAAGUCAGAUACUACUAUUAGAUCCUUAUUUUGGAUGAUUUCAUAUAGUACCAGUUGGUUAUUUCCCAGAACUUUAGCGAUCCACGAAUCAGUACCCAAGCUCUAGAAUGAUUACCCAAUAGUCCCCGCCCUACCAAAUGACCAAGUAAACACCCUUAGCUAAAAUAAAUUUCGCCGCCGAUUGCAAACUCCGUCUAAUGCUCUGGUAACAGCUCAUCAAUUCACCAUCCAUAAAACCAAAUCAAAACUGUUGUCGUUACCUCGAUCUAGCUCCCUCUUCAAUCAUCAUACCCCAUCGUCGUCGGAGCCGGAGCCAGCCAUCGUCCAUGCCCAGACAAAAUGCCCCAAUUACUAACGAGGUUCUCCCGUCUUCCGUCGCUAGAUAGAUUCCACGUUGGACGGCGACAGACUUUCUCCAUGAUACCCGUCGUCCACAAUCCCGUCGAUGUUCCCCGUUAUUCCCCUAACACACACAACACAACCACACACGAGGAAGUUAGUGGGCUUAAUAUUAUCCCCGUCUUCUGUUCAGUUUCGAUUUCGCAGCGGGCUGAAUUUUUGGUUCGUCCUUGUUUCCUUUCGGCCCAGACUUCCAUUUUUCGAUAACUGGAAUGUUCUUAUCUUCCACGAAUUGGGCCGACCUGUCUAUUUUUUUCCAGCCCAAGUUGUAAAUCACUUUUUUUUAAUCAAGGACAACUCUAACAAUAGGAUUGGGAGUAUUCUAGAUGAAAUUUACCAACUCGUUCAAGAGAUUGGCCAUUGUUCUUUUCGUUUCAUUGGUCGUGAUUGUAAUAGAGAGGCUCAUUUUGUAGCUCAUCGUUCUCUGUCUUUAUCACCCCGCAUGUUAAUGGGGUUUGAUUUCGUUUCCUGGCUUCGUAGUCAAUAGGUCUCUUGGUUAGGGUCUCUAUGUAUCUUGAUUCUGAAUUUCACCUCGAGGGCUGAGGAAUCUAAUGACAAAAAAAAAGUACCACGUGGCCACAUCCAAAUUGAUUAGUUUAUUUAAUUGCUAUAUGCAUUCUUUCCUUCUAAAUUACACACUCGACAUUAAUACAUAAAUAUUUCAUGU